AUGGCACUUCAGCACCCCGCCCCCGCAGGCUUCGUCACAACCACCAUCUUGAUCCGCAACCUCCAUUGUGCUUCCUGUCUCUCUCACAUACAAAAUGCUCUCGGUACAUUGCUGCUGGUGCCAUUGUCUAUUACUGCCGACUACGCUUCACACGAACUUACGGUGAUCCAUUCGCCUGAACACUGGGGAAAUGAGAUAUCUCGAGCACUUUCGGAUGCCGCAUUUGAGGUGGUGGGAUUGCGCACUGAAAAUGAAUUCGGUCGAGUUAUCUAUGAGCAACAUGAGGGACGUGCUUCCUCAGGGGGGCCGGCGCCCACGCUCAGUCAACAGACAUCGACAAUCUCAUCUCACCAGACAACGCCUGCCUUGUUACCAGUUUACGUCAACAACGAGAAGCGGAACGAGAAGCAUCUGGAGCAUUGCCUCUCCUGCCAAAAUUCGGGCGAAAAAGAUUUAUCAAAGGAUUUUGUAGUGUCAAUCUCUGAACCCCAACACUUUACCGCUACUCUCAGCAUUGCUGGCAUGACUUGUGCAGCAUGCAUCCUCUCCAUCACGGAAGGAGUACAGCAGCUCGACUUCUUGGAGGACGUCAGCGUCAGCUUACUGACAAACAGUGCAACAGUCACAUUCGCUGGCCAGAAAGACGACAUCAGUUUGAUCAUUGAGAGAAUCGAGGACCGAGGGUUCGACUGUGACAUUGAGAACAUUGUGGAAAUUGGUGGACAGAAAGCGAAUGAAUCGACCGAAAGGACAGUCAUGAUUAAAAUUACAGGCUUGUUUUGUGAUGCCUGCCCGCAGCAGAUUAUCGAAGCUCUGUCCUCGGCCUUCCCAGGACUUCUCACCGUGGACAAAUCAGCUUCACUCAAGCAUCCCAUAAUCACAGUCACGUAUUGUCCUCAGCAGAGUGUCAUUAGUAUCAGAGAUAUACUUGCCACCAUUCACAACCUGAACGGCCGAUACAUGGCCGCAAUUUAUCACCCUCCAACAAUUGAAGAGCGGUCUCAAGCCAUGCAGCGCCAUGAACGUCAACGCCUCCUCUUCCGACUUCUUCUCAGCUUCAUCGUCGCUAUUCCAACCUUCAUGAUCAGUGUAGUCUGGGUUAGCUUAGUCCCACCCGACAACCAUCUACGAAUGUUCUUCGAGCAAAGGAUGUGGUCUGGUGCCGACACACGUGUCGAGUGGGCGCUCUUCUUCCUCGCAACACCUGUCAUGUUCUUCGCUGCCGACAUCUUCCACGUCCGAGCAGGCAAGGAAAUUCAAGCAUUAUGGAGCCGAAAUAGCAAGGUGCCAAUUUUGCGACGAUUUUACCGUUUUGGCAGCAUGAAUCUGCUCAUGUCAGCCGGUACAUCUGUGGCGUACUUCCCUUCCAUCGCCGUCCUAGCUGUGAAUGCUCGAGAAACUGGCCAGCGUGUGCAGACUUCUACCUACUUUGAUGCAGUUAUCUUCUUGACAAUGUUUAUUCUCGCUGGUCGUUACCUGGAGGCGUAUAGCAAAGCCAAGACCGGCGAUGCUGUAACGCUGCUUGGAAACCUAAGACCCACGGAAGCUUUGCUUGUGAGAUCAAACCCAGACUUGAAUAAUUCUUCUGCAGAGAACCAGUCCUCUCUUCCGGCGGCCAAUAUCGAUACCAUCAACGUAGACCUUCUCGAGGUCGGCGAUGUAGUUCGAGUUCUGCAUGGCGCCUCCCCACCAGCUGAUGGAACGGUUGUCUUGGGUGUCUCUAUCUUUGACGAGAGCUCAUUAACAGGAGAGUCUCGUCCUAUCACAAAGAAAAUUGGUGAUCAAGUCUUUGCUGGCACAGUCAACAUCGGAAAUCCCAUUAGUGUGCAAGUCAGUGGUGUCUCAGGUGCUUCUAUGCUCGACCAAAUCGUUAAGGUUGUCAGAGAAGGGCAGACUAAACGGGCUCCUGUGGAAAGAGUUGCCGAUAUUUUGACUGGAUAUUUCGUUCCUGUGAUCACUUUCAUUGCGAUAUUGACUUUUGUCAUCUGGUUUGGACUUGGGCAAGGCGGGAUCCUCCCGGAAAGCUGGCGAGACACUGAUACCGGAGGCUGGGCGUUCUGGGCAAUGCAAUUUUCCAUUGCAGUAUUCGUCGGCGCUUGCCCCUGUGGAAUUGCACUUGCAGCUCCCACGGCAUUGUUCGUUGGCUCUGGAUUGGCGGCUCAGCACGGAAUACUGGUUAAGGGAGGAGGAGAAGCAUUUCAAGAGGCAUCUGCUCUCGAUGUGAUUGUCUUUGAUAAAACCGGAACUUUAACUGAGGGUGGAAAUCCGAAAGUUACGGAUCAUGUCAUUCUGGCAGCAAGUGAAGAGGAAGGCAAGAUUAUCUGGGCAAUCGCGCAAGCGCUGGAAGAAUCCUCAAGUCACCCCAUUGCGAAAGCCAUUGCUACCCUCUCCGCCCAACAACACCGCGCCAGUAUCUCACAAUCUACCAUUGAGGAACAGCCUGGACGGGGUCUUAGAGGCACCUUUACCAUCCACACAUCCACCAAUGAUAGCCGAUACGAAGCUGCCAUUGGCAGUGAAGCCUUCAUCUCAUCACUCGAUACUGCCAUAGAUAGGUCUCAUUCUGAUCUGACUUCGACAUGGAAAGCAGCUGGGAAGAGCAUUGCCUACCUAGCCCUCCGCCCCCUAUCACUCUCUUCCGAGAAUGAAUCCCCAUUCAAGCUCGCCGCCCUCUUCUCGACCACCGACCCCCUCCGUCCCGAAGCCUUUUCCGUCCUCUCCGCCCUCCGCUCCCAAGGCCUAAGCAUCUGGAUGAUAACUGGCGACAAUGCUGAGACCGCCGUCGCCGUCGGCUCCCAACUCUCCAUCCCCGCCACCAACAUAAUCGCCAACGUGCUCCCCUCCGAAAAAGCAGACCAGCUCCGGCUUCUGCAAUCCACAUCUCCCAAACGCAACGGCAGACCUGGCCCCGCAACCGUCGCCAUGGUUGGCGAUGGGAUUAACGAUGCCCCUGCCCUCGCUGCCUCUGACGCAGGCAUCGCCAUUGGUUCUGGCUCAGACGUUGCGAUCGCGAGCGCCAAAUUCGUGCUUUUGUCCUCAAAUCUGAACUCCCUGCUUACGCUUGUUAUGCUUUCAAGGGCCGUAUUUAGGAGAGUCAAGUUCAACUUUGGGUGGGCGCUGGUGUACAACGUUGUUUUAUUGCCUAUUGCGGCGGGGGCGGCGUAUCCUGCGAGGGGACACCCGAGACUGGGGCCGGUGUGGGCGAGUUUGGCGAUGGCGUUGAGUUCGCUGAGUGUGAUUUGCUCGAGUUUGGUGCUCAAGACGAGGCUUCCUAUUGUUGGAUUCAGGACUUUAGCAGCACGAACCUCUUCAGAACAUUCUGCUGAUCCUGGGCGUGGUAGCACUUAA